AUGGGUCGUUGGCUGAGAGGCUCGUGUCUGAAAGGGUUGACCACGAACCAUCUCGAGCCGCACGCAUUGGGAAGCAACCUCGUCCAACUCAACACUCGACACACACACCUCCACCCACCCCUCUCCCGAGUCCCGACGAUGGCGGGCCCGCCACCCACGCCGAGCACCGCAGAAGACCACGACCCCGACGAACGGCUCGGUUUCCGAGACCUGCAAGCCGCCCAGGCCUGGCUGGCCGCCAACCCGCAGGGCCGCCUGGUCCGGGUGCCCGGCCCGGCCCGCGCCGAAUCCGGCUGCCCGAGAGCGGCGUGUCGGGCGGAAAGCGAGGGUCUCAAGGCGCAGGUCGCAAGGCUCAGCGCCCAGCUGGCACUCGAGCACGCGAAUCCGGACACCAGGAGCCGGGCGGCCGACACGAGCGUGUCCGCAGACCGCAACCCCUCGCCCUCUUCUUCGGACGCUCUGCGCGCGACCAGCCAGCAACUCCAGACGACCUGCGACCGGCUCAGCGAGGCUCUGGCAGCCGAGCGGGCGCAGAUGGCGGCCGAGCGCGCGGCGUGGAUGGCCUUCAAGCGCGACUACGCGACGGUGGUCGCCUGCAAGCUCGUCGAGGAGCAGCAGGUCCACCUGCAGGCGUCGGGCCAGGCUCGCUGCGCAGCUGCUCCUCGGGAUGAUAUGCCCUUCGACCGACCGACGGCUGGCGCGGACGUGGCCGCCCCGGCAGCCGAGAACCCGGUCUCCCCGAAGCCGAGCCCGAAGCGGAUGGCGCCGGGCAAAGGCGUCCAUCGCUCGCCGUCCCCGCGCAAGAAGGCGACGUCCCACCGGGUGACGCCGCGGCUGCCGGCGGAGCAAGCGCGGCGCCGCGUGCUGACGACCCCGCAGAGCGCCCGCCCGGCGGCCCGCCCGGGGGGGCUCCCCCCGCCGAAAUGGAUCCGGUUCUCCGACCGCAAGGCCCGCCACCACGGCCAGGUCUUCACCGACCACACCACGUCGCCCGCCGCCCCGAAGACCAAGCGCGUCCGGCCCUCGCUCCCCCCGGCCGUCCGGGCGCCCGCCGAGACGCUUCUUCCGGCCAAGACGACGACGCGUCGGCCGGCGAAGGAGAACGAUCGGGCGGCGAUGGGCUCGAAGGAGAAGGAGCAGACGGGGGCGCAGGCUGCGAGGGACGACUGGGAGCUGUCGACGACGGAGGAGUCGGGGGGCGAGCAGGAGCCGAAAGCGGGGUGUCCGUCGGCGAAGGCCGCGGAAGGCGCCGAGCGGGGGCUGCUGGCGCGGUUCGAGAUCGACCCGCGGAACAACUUCGGGGUGGGGCACGUGUUCGCGGAGGUUGGGCGGGGGAAGGCGGUGCGGAAGCAGAUGCACGGGCGGGGGUGCGAGUGCUGUGCCGGGUAUUACGCGCAGGCGGCGAAGGACCUGAACCCGGAUGGGGCGGACCCGGCGGGGCUGGUGGCCCGCCACCAGGACGAGAUCUCGCGCCACCGGCACUUCAACCCGCCCCCGCAGACCCCGCCGGGCUACUGGCAGUUGGGAUUCCCAGACACGCAGCGGGUCGAGGAGAUCAACCAGCUGGCGGCGGAGAACAAGCUGGCGAAGAUGGCGGAGCUGGAGGCGGGGGCCAGGAAGGGCACGGGGGCGUACAAGAUGAAGAAGACGAUGCUGGGGAAGAUGCUGUCGCGCAAGGACAAGGAACAGAACAACAACACCAGCAACAACAACAACCCAGCCAGCCAGCAGCGACCAGCACCCCCCAAUGGCCACCCCCCAAGCACCAACACCACCACCAACACCCCCACGACAAACAGCGGAAGCAUCGGACGAGCAGCAGGACUAUUCAGCCGCUCAUCAGCACAACAACAACAACCACAGCCAUACCAGCGAGUGCCAGGGAUCCUAGUCAGCGGAGACAACUCAUCCAUCGACCCACCCCCACAGCCACAACAACAACCACAACCACAACCACAACCACAACAGCCACAACCACAACAGCCACUCACAUCCCCCAGCCGAACGACAACCCAGUUCAUGCCCCCACAAACACCCCCCAAGGCCGGGCCGAUCGGAAAACUCCAGGGAAAGACCAACGUCGUCCCCGUGCCCCCAGGCGUCAAGGACACCAUCCCCAUGGCCAAAACACCCCGCAAACAGCGCAGCAGCCGCUUCCACGUCGUCGAAAAGGUCGAGCUCGAACGCCUCCCGAGCUUCCAUGAAGUCAACCCCCAGGACAGACACUCGCUCUUCAUCCAGAAACUCCACCAGUGCUCCGUCGUCUUCGACUUCAACGACGCCUCCUCCCAGCUGGCCUCCAAGCAGAUCAAGGGCGCCGCGCUCUGCGAGAUGCUCGAGUGGAUCACCUCCCAGCGCGGCGUGAUCACCGACGCGAUCUACCCGGAGGUCGUCGCCAUGUUCGCCAACAACCUCUUCCGCUCCAUCCCCCCGCCCGUCAACCCGACCGGGGACGCCUACGACCCCGAGGAGGACGAGCCCGUGCUCGAGCUCGCCUGGCCCCACCUCCAGGUCGUCUACGAGUUCUUCCUCCGCUUCGUCGAGAGCCCCGACUUCAACACGAACGUCGCCAAGCGGUUCAUCGACCAGGCCUUUGUGCUCAACUUGCUAGAACUCUUCGAUAGCGAAGACCCUCGAGAGCGCGACUUCCUCAAGACCACCUUGCACCGCAUCUACGGCAAGUUCCUCAACCUGCGCGCCUUCAUCCGCCGCUCGAUCAACAACGUCUUCUAUGCGUUCAUCUACGAGACCGAGCGCCACAACGGGAUCGCCGAGCUGCUCGAGAUCCUCGGCUCGAUCAUCAACGGCUUCGCCCUCCCGCUCAAGGAGGAGCACAAGACCUUCCUCAUGCGCGUCCUCAUCCCCCUCCACAAGGUCAAGGGCCUCGCCCUCUACCACCCCCAGCUGGCCUACUGCGUCGUCCAGUUCCUCGAGAAAGACCCCGCGCUGACCGAGGACGUCGUCCUCGGCCUGCUGCGCUACUGGCCCAAGGUCAACUCGCCCAAGGAAGUCAUGUACCUCAACGAGGUCGAGGAAGUCUUGGAUGUCAUCGAUCCGAACGAGUUCGUCAAGGUGGCCGUGCCCCUCUUCAAGCAACUAUCGAGAUGUGUCAACAGCCAACACUUCCAAGUCGCCGAACGGGCACUGUAUUACUGGAAUAACGAGUACAUCGUCAACUUGAUCUCCGACAACGUCCACCUCAUCCUGCCGCUUGUAUUCGACGCUCUGUAUACUAACUCGAAGAUGCACUGGAGUCGCCAAAUCCAUCAGUUGGUCUUCAACGCUCUCAAGCUGUUCAUGAACAUGAACCCGGCCUUGUUCGAGCAAUGCACUGACCAAUAUCGGGAGACGCGCCAGCGGGAGCAAGAACGGAUGAUCGAGAAGGAGAAGGCGUGGAACCGGGUGCGCGACACGGCGAUUGCGAACAAGGGCAACGUGGGCCAAGUGCCGGCGUCGGUGCUCGCGCCGAUCCCCCCGGCGGAGCGGAUGAUCGACAUGAGCCUGUUCGACGACGACCUGAUCCACGGCCUGCAGGGCGACUUCCCCGGGCCGCUCCCCCAACAGCACCAACAACAGCAACAGGACGGCGGGGUCGGGUUCCCGUCCUAUGGGGAGGCCGACCAACAACAGCAACAGCAACAUAGGCCGGAGGACUUCGCGGCGCUCCAGCACCAGCAACACCAGCUCCACCAGCAGCAGCAACUCCACCACCAACAACAACAGCACCAGCAGCUCCUCCUCCAACAGCAACAACAGCACCAGCAGCAGAACUUCCGCCCCCACGGCUUCCAGCAUCCCGCCAAGCCCGGCGAGGACGAGGCCCAGGAUAUGAAGCCGUUCCCCGAGACUGCCCGCCAACAGGUCGCCGGGGCCGCCCCUGCCGCCGGCCCGGCCGCCGCCGGAAGCGCCGCCGCCCAACACAUGCGCAGGAAGUCCGUCAUCCCCAUCGACUCCUCCGUCCUCAAGGAACUCGCCGUCCACAAGAGCCUCGACGACACCGUGCCCCCCGCCGCCCCCAACGCCGCCCCGCCCGGCAGCAGCUCGUCCACCUGUUGA